AGGCUGUAUAGUUAUUGAAUUGUACAAUUGUCCUCCAGGUUGAGCGGGAAAAUCGACUUCGUUUCGUUUUCAUCCCGUGGUUGUAGGCAUACGAUAAUCAACCAAUAUUGAGGUAAGUACAACGUUUACAAGGAAUUGGAAGCUUUUUUAGAAAAAUUAAAGUGCUGUGGUGUAACAUUAAAGUGUAAUAGAUUAACCCACAUCAGUAACGUCCAAUACGUAUUAGCCGCAACGUUAAUGCAAAGGAAAUUCUACCAAUCACAGUAUGGCCAAGUGACCUUCAAGUGCUCAGCCUCUCCGUAAGACGCUUGCAUCUCUACACUCUCUCAGGUUGAGAUGGUUCACAGCUCUUCAUACAAGCCUUUUCUAAUUGGUGUUAGUGGGGGAGCCGCUUCAGGGAAGGUACUUCUCCUACAUGAUAUAACACUUUUAGACAGAAGCAUGUCAAAAAAUAAAAGACGUCUUGUUCAAGAAAGCAAAAGAAAAGAAAGUUGUGGUUCUCACCCUUUCAUCCUUUUAUCGUGAACUCUCUGAUGAAGAGCGUAAAAUGGCAUUAAAUAGCGAAUUCGAUUUCGAUCAUCCCAAUUCAUUUGAUUUCAAAUAUUUGGCCGAGGUUUUAAGAAAAAUCAAACAAAGGGAACCGGUAGUCUUGCAUACCUACGAUUGUUCUGCUUAUUCUAGUACUCCAGAUGUUCAAGAAAUCCCAGAAGAUGUUGAUGUUGUAAUUGUUGAAGGAAUAUUAACAUUCUAUCAAAAGGAAGUCAGAGAUUUAUUUCAUCUGAAAAUUUUUGUGGAAUCUGAUGCCGACACUAGACUUUGCAGGAAAGUUUUAAGAGAUGUUUCCACGAAAGGUCGUCGAUUGGAAUCCGUGCUCGAUAGUUACUUUAAGUACGUUAAACCGGCAUUUGAGGAGUUUUGUUUACCUACUAAGAAGUACGCUGAUGUGAUUCUACCUCGAGCUCCGGAUAAUCAAGUCGGCGUGGAUUUAAUUACUGAACACUUAUUACAGGUAGUUAAUGAAAUACCUUUCAUAGGUAACUCUCAACAAUCUGUACCACGUGUUAGAAAUCAAUCAGAAUCAUGUCUAGGCUCAGUUAGACCACACUAAUUAUCCUAUAUUAUCAAUUCACAUGUAUCGAGAUAUUUGUACAUACUCUGUGUGUAGUUUAUUUUACAAAUUUAUCAUAUCUAUCGCUUGUAGUUACAUGAUCUGAUAUAUAUUUAUAAGACACAAUUAUUACUUUCCACCUCACUUGUACAAUUAUUUUAUGACUUUUCUUUUGUUCUCCUAUUUCUAUUUUUUUUUUGAUUAGAUGCUUUGUGUUGACUGAUUAUUAUCUGUUAUUGUUUAAUGAAAUUCCACUUCAUCUGCCUUGAUAAUAAAACUUAGUUUCUCG